GAACUGUAAUAAUAUUAAAAUCAGAACGGAAAUGCUCUUUGUCAUUUAUUGACGCUACUCUAAGCCGGAAAUGCAAGGCAAGUGGUAACGACGCCAUUUCAUGUUUCAUUCAUUUGAAUUGGCGGCCGCAUUCGUAGUUUGGGAGUAAAAGAAAAGGGAAAUAAAAAUGGUGAAGAUAUUUGUGGGCAAUCUGUCUGAAAGUACCACAAAGGAGGAGCUACACUCUCUCUUCUCCGAAUAUGGCAAAAUCACUGAGUGUGACAUUGUGAAGAAUUUCGGCUUUGUUCACAUGGAGGAACAGUCUGAUGCAGAAGAGGCCAUCCGCAACCUUCAUCACCACAUGAUGAAUGGUCAGGCCAUCAAUGUGGAGCUUAGCAAGGGUAAACCGAAGAACAGGUCCAGGGGCUCAACAAAGCUGUACGUGAGUAAUAUCAGCACCACUUGCACCAACCAGGAGCUGCGUGCCAAGUUUGAGGAGUAUGGCCCUGUGUUGGAGUGUGACAUUGUCAAGGACUACGCGUUUGUACAUCUGGAGAGAGAGGAGGAUGCCCUGUCCGCCAUCAAAGGCUUGGACAACUCGGCUUUCCAAGGCAAGCUGAUGAACGUACAGCUGUCCACCAGUCGGCUGCGUACCGUGCCCGGAAUGGGAGACCACGCCGGGUGUUACGUCUGCGGGAAACCGGGCCACUGGUCCAAAGACUGCCCACGGGGGCAGAACGGUAGCUAUGGCGACGGAGGCGGUUUCCGCGGCGGCCGGGGGUACCCACCGGGACCUCCAGGCUUUGGCAGGGGCGGCCCCGGCGGAUACGGUGGUGGCCCUGGGAUGCUUCGUGUCCCUCCUGACUACAUGGGAAGUCCAAUGUACGGCCGAGUGGCGGGUUACCCUGGGGCGUCCCCCAUGAGCCGUCACCCUGGCUACGCUCCGGCGCGGGACUACGGUAGUGACGGCAGAGACCAGUACGGCAGUAGAUCGGCAAUGUCUUACCCAGACAGGUCUGCGGCCUACGAUCGCGACCGCUACUCGGCAACCAUCGACUACUACGAAAAAUACAGGGCUCGUCCUUACAGUUCCAGCUACCCGGACGAACGCCGUAUCUCCAUUCCUCCUCCCCCCCCGCCUCCUUCCUCGGCUGUCCUGUCACGGAUGAGGCUGUCCUCCGGCCUCGACCCGUAUGACCGUCCACUGGCCAGCGGCGCUUCCACAGUCUCUGCGGCCUCCGCGUCCUACUACGCGCGGGACCGCAGUCCCAUAAGGCGUGUGUCUGGCGGCGGCGGUGCCACCUCGAGCUACGCGUACGAGCGCUCACGCCUCUCCCCGGUGUCCAGGAGUUCUUCCUAUGCCGUGUCGCGGUCCAGGGAGGCCUAUGGAGAGCGAGCACGCUAUGCAUACUAAUGUAAAGGCAUGCACGCCAAGGUGUGUUGAAUCUGCAGGAAUUUCCGUCGCGCCCAUACCCGUGGCUUGUUGGCGUGAUCCCGGCUAAACCGUUUAGUUUUGGAAUUGCGUUUUGAGAGGUGCCCGGUGGAUCUGGCUAACGUGUGUCUCUUGUGGGCACGGUGUGUUGGUCCUGGGCUGGUGGAUGGUUAUCUUAGUCGACUUAAUAGCCCUGCUCUUUCACACAUGCGAAUGCCGCUGAUAUACCCAAUAAUUUCUCUGAUUCUGAUGUUUUACAGGAAACAUCUUUCAGUCUGAUGUUUUUUUCCCCCUCAGUUUCUUUUGCCGUUUGAUUGUUCAGUUCAUUGAUCAUUUAUGAAUUUAAAAUCGCAACAGUGUCAGUGUGUAACUACGAAUACUACUUCUGUGCGUUCUUUUUCUUUAUUUUUAAAAAAAAAAAUCUGGCACAUACUCCUGAACAUGAUUUUGUAACAUCGGGUGUUUUUGGGCGUUCUGUUUCUUGCCUUGCUUGUGUAACAAUACAGUAAAAUUCACGUCCACUUUGUCAUUCUUAUGACACAUUUAUAUUGUCAGGAAUUGUCACAAUUGUAUCUUAAAAUUAAUUCUGCCAUUUUUUUUUUCUUUCCUGUUUUAUGACUCUUUUGGUUUGGGAGUGUGUAUGUAUGUGAUGUGCAGACAGUCCGUGUGAUGGCUUGUGAGCUUUUUGUUGUGAGGACAAUCUGCUAGACUUUUCAGGUCCUAAAGAUUUUAUGAGUGGAUAAAAGCUUAGCUGCUAUCAAGUCAAAACAGCAAAAACAUUCCAAUUUUCAGAAUUCCCCGGCUGUUUUAAAAGGGUGCCCUCUAAUGUGAACUGUCAAAUUCAAAGUUUCACACAAGUUUAAAUUAAUAAAAUUGCUGCCAUGUCUUGAAGCUAUUUUUGGUGACUAGAAGUACUCAUUGUUAGUGUUCGCCCGUCACUAUAUUUGUACGUUUGGUUUUUGGGGACUGUCUGCAUAUUGUAUGUUCUGUCUCGACUGCAGAAACCAAGAACUACUGCUCGUGAAGAGGUGACACGUACAAAACGGAAGGUGCAGCCUUUUUGUCGCCGGCAAGAGCGCCAACAGACUUGCAUCAACCGACUGCUGAAAAACUUCUGUUGACAGUGCUGACUUUGGAAGUAAAGAGUUUUAUAGCAAUAUAAGUGGGAAUGAGCAAAAUGUCACUCAGGACUGUCAUCUUUGCGCCAACGGGCUUGUUGGGUGGGUGCCUUGGUAAUCUCCGUGGAUCCCUUCGCAGUGGUUUUCUGUAGUUUGUAUAUUUCCUACCAGUUUCAGAGCGUGUGCAUUUUUGAACUAUUUUUUUGUAAUAAACCAAAAUAUUUUGGUGAAA